GUGAGUCAGUCCAAGCCACUCAGCCUGUUGAGAGUCUUGUCUUUUGUAACCGGAGCACAAACCCAGGAACAAAAGUAAGAAGUGGGGCUUGGACUUGUUGGAUUCUAAUUCUAAUGGCUUUGCUGAGAGCCUGCUUUACAGAGUGAGGCAGGCAUCUGACUUCCUAAAUCAAGGGGCUUCGUUUACGUAACAAGUGAAUGUUCCUUUUUUUUUUUCUUAAACUUCUGAAAGAGGAAAUUGGAGGGUUGCUGCCAAGAAGCUUGUGUCACCUACCUCCUCUGUACAGGGAGUGCGGAUAUCAUAGGGACAGCCGAUCACUGCAGAAACCCCUCCAGCCAUAGGACCUUCCAAGUCCAUGAGGACAGUCAAAACCACCUGGAAGAGGGCUGACCCGCCGGGAGAUGUGCGGUUGCUCGGCCAGGACCACAGCCCAGGCGGGGGGCUGGCGGGACGCAGCCCGGGGUGUGAGUGAUGGGCGGCCGCACAGGAUGCUUUUCUGCACAAGGACUCAGAAGCAUGCCAGAGUCGGCAGGAGCCCUGAUGCCCCGGAACUCAGCAACAGUUGGUCAUGUUCAGAGCUGGACCUGAACGAGAUUCGCCUGAUCGUUUACCAGGACUGUGAAAGGAGGGGCAGACAAGUCUUGUUUGAUUCUAAGGCUGUUCACAAGAUGCAGGAGGCGGCGGCUCAGAGAACGGAGGACCUCCCUGCAAAAGUGCCGGCCAAAAGCUGCUCAGGAGGUGGCCCUGCUGCUCACGGCCCUUCAGGGGGAUCUUUACCACAUGCCAAGGAGCAGCUUCCCAAGUACCAGUACACGCGGCCCGCCUCUGACGUCAGCAUGCUCGGGGAGAUGAUGUUCGGCUCGGUGGCCAUGAGCUACCAAGGCUCCACCCUGAAGAUUCACUACAUACGUUCUCCUCCGCAGCUGAUGGUUAGUAAAGUCUUCUCCGCCAGGAUGGGCAGUUUCUGUGGGAGUACAAACAACUUGCAAGACAGCUUCGAAUACAUCAACCAAGAUCCUAACCUGGGGAAACUGAACACAAAUCAGAAUAACCUGGGUCCAUGUCGGACCGGAAGUAACCUAGGUGCGCUGCAGGGAUGCGGCGGCAAGCUGCCCCCAGGGGCGGCCGAGGGAGGACCUCUCCGGCUCAGCCGCAGCGCCUCUUUCUUUGCAGCACACAGCACCCCGGUUGACAUGCCGAGCAGAGGACAGAAUGAAGACAGGGACAGCGGCAUCGCCCGGUCAGCCUCCCUGAGCAGCCUUCUGAUCACACCGUUCCCAUCUCCAAGCUCCUCCACCUCCUCGUCCAGCAGCUACCAGCGCCGCUGGCUUCGGAGCCAGACCACAAGCUUGGAAAACGGCAUCAUCCCCAGGAGGUCAAUGGAUGAAACAUUCAGCCUGGCCGAAGAAACCUGCAGUUCCAACCCAGCCAUAGUCCGGAGGAAGAAGAUUGCCAUAAGCAUCAUCUUUUCACUGUGCGAGAAGGAAGAGGCACAGAGGAAUUUCCAGGACUUCUUUUUUUCUCAUUUCCCCCUGUUUGAAUCUCACAUGAACAGGCUGAAGAGUGCCAUUGAAAAGGCCAUGAUUUCCUGCAGGAAGAUAGCAGAGUCGAGUCUCCGUGUCCAGUUCUAUGUCAGCCGUCUGAUGGAAGCUCUGGGGGAGUUCAGAGGGACGAUCUGGAGCCUGUACUCCGUGCCCAGGAUCGCCGAGCCCGUAUGGCUGGCCAUGAUGUCCAGCACUUUGGAGAGGACCCAGCUGUGCCAGCGCUUCCUCAAGGAGUUUACACUCCUGAUAGAGCAGAUCAACAAGAACCAGUUUUUUGCUGCCCUGCUGACUGCAGUCCUAACCUACCACCUGGCCUGGGUACCCACCGUCAUGCCUGUUGACCACCCACCCAUCAAAGCCUUUUCUGAGAAACGCACCUCUCAGCUAGUCAACAUGCUCGCCAAGACACACCCAUACAAUCCUCUCUGGGCGCAGCUGGGCGACCUUUACGGAGCUAUCGGCUCUCCGGUGCGGCUGACGCGCACGGUGGUGCUGGGGAAGCAGAAGGAUUUGGUGCAGCGGAUACUGUACGUGCUGACCUACUUCGUGCGGUGCUCAGAGUUGCAGGAGAACCAGCUGAUGUGGAGUGGGGGCCCCGCGCAAGGCGAGCAGAUGCUGCACGGGAGCAGCAUCACCACCGCCCUGGAGAGGGGCGAGGUGGAGGAGUCUGAGUACGUGGUGGUCACGGUGAGGAGUGAGCCUGCCCUCCUGCCACCUACCCUGCCUGUGACCACAGCCGAGGGGUUGGCUGGGGUCCCAGUGGACGCUGAUCCCAGAGACCUGUGUCCCCAACUUGAUGGAGAAGGAGGCGGGGCCCUGGAGAAGAGCCUAACAGCCCACAGCGCGUGGAGACCUCAGGGCGCAUCAUGCGGGGACGAGGAGAGUAAGGAGCCCCCUCGAGGCGGCUCUGCGAGGCUCCCCAGCGGUGCAGGUGUGGGCGCGGGGCUGAAGAUGAGCCCUCCAGCCAUCGGGGCGGAGCCAGGAGGGGAGAUGCCCAAGAAGCUGCCAGACCGGUCGGCGGCCAGGCCAUGCCCUGAUGGACGUCUCCGGGACAGGCCGCCCUGGGAAAAGGUCACCUUCCACAUCGGGAGCUCUGUGUCUCCGGAGUCGGACUUUGAAAGUCGCACCAAAGCAAUGGAGGAGCGGCUACAGGCUUGCAGGUGUGCGGAGCCAGAGCCAGCACAGGGACCCCUGGCCGGGCCUGGGGUGGCUGCCGACCCAGCCCAGGAGGGCCAGGACCAGUGCUCUCCAACGUGUUCCCGGUCCCCUGGGGCGUCGGCGGGGGACAGAGAUGUCAGGACCGAGGCUGCUGCGGAGGUUGCUGGGGUGCCGGGUGCACCUGCCAGCCCUACAGGCACACUGGCACGGCCAGGGGGUUGGAGGGGCAAGGACGCAGACGUGCCUGCAGUGAGCAGGUGCACCGCUCCUGUGCCCAGUGGCGAUGCCAGCUUCAGGGUGGAAGGUGGCCUCCCCCGGAACGAGAGCUCCGACAGCGCCCUCGGAGACAGUGAUGACGACACAUGUGCAGCGGCUUCACCGGACCUGGGUCCUGGAAGUGAUCCUGAUGUGGACCAUGACCAGAGCGAAGGGUCACUGGAGGUGGAGCUGCCGCUCCCCAGGUCUCAGAGCAUCAGCAACCCCAAUGUGAGAAACUUCGGCCGCUCCCUCCUGGCGGGGUACUGCCCCACGUACAUGCCAGACUUGGUGCUUCACGGGACCAGCAGCGACGAGAAGCUGAAGCAGUGCCUAGCAGCCGACCUGGUCCACACGGUCCAGCAUCCCGUGCUGGACGAGCCCAUCGCCGAGGCUGUGUGCAUCAUUGCAGACACAGACAAGUGGAGCGUCCAGGUGGCCACGAGUCAGAGGAAGGCGGUGGAUAGCACGAAGCUCGGCCAGGACGUCCUGGUGUCAAGUCAGGUGUCCAGCUUACUGCAGUCCAUCCUGCAGCUCUACAGGCUUCACCUCCCCGCCGACUUUUGCGUCAUGCACCUGGAGGACAGACUGCAGGAGAUGUACCUGAAGAGCAAGAUGCUGUCCGAGUAUCUUCGUGGACACACGCGUGUGCACGUGAAAGAACUAAGCGUCGUGCUGGGGAUAGAGUCCAACGACCUGCCUCUGCUGACAGCCAUUGCGAGCACUCACUCUCCUUACGUCGCCCAGAUACUCUUGUAAGCUAAUUCUCAGGACAGCUCCUCCUCGAAGAAAAUCGGAUUCUCAGCCCGAGGAGGAAGGAAGGCAGCUCCCUGCAACUGCGAGGUGCCAGCAGGGUGGACAGCCGCGGUCCUGCCUGUGCUGUGCUGUGUCGGGGGCGUCGCUUCCUGGGGUGCUGGCUGGGAGCCGUAGGUUCACUGACACCAGGCGUCUGUGUUGUCCUGAGCAGGCAGGCUUCCAUCACCCUCGGGUCAGCCUGGGCGCUGAGGGCACAGCACUGACCAGGGGCCUGAGAGCGGCCCUGAGCGACACAGGCAUCAUCGCUGCUAGAGACAUCUCAGAGUGCAAGCGUGCGCUCCCCAAGCUGGAGGAGGCGAUCCUGCUGUCCUGAGAAGGCGGUCAGCACGGGAACCCUGGAUACCAGGGACCGUGGUACAGUGGAGCCUGCGUGUACUGCCUCCGCGCCAGUGGCCUUGAUGUCAUCCUCUGGCAGAGAGCAUGAGGGGACUGGCUGUGGGGAGCAGAGCUCCAGGGACCCACUGCUUCCAGCCUUCCCCAUUUCCCUUGUUUGAGAUGCAGCCACGGGUAGGUUAGGGAUGGACUGUUGGUGCAAUAAACCCGAGAAUCAAUGUAGCAUCCUCGUCCCAUCCACAUACAGUGCACAGCAGCGGAGGGCACAGCCCGACCCCACUCGCUUCAUCCUGAGGCUUCAGAGCUCUCAGCAGCCUUGUCAAAGGGGCCGUUUACCAAAGUUAUUUCUAUAAGCUUGAGAGCAUUUCUGUGGCUAAAUCCCUCCAGCUGAAGCCACCUUCUUCCUCUAACAGUUAAUACAGAUGACUAUUUAUACUUUAAAAGGCACAGCUGUCCAGGUGGGAAGUGAAAUUUGCAACAGUUCAGGAUGACUUAUGAAUCAGACCAUUUCUAAACAGUCCCAUCUAUGAGCUCAAUUUUCACUCUAUCAUCUUUGUGCCUUCCAAACCCUACAUCCUUUUCAAAACACCUUCCCAGAAAUUGACUGCCCUGUAGUAUAAAACCUGCCACAAGGCAGCAUUGCUUCUGUAUGAGCGUAGUUUGCUUUUUAAAAAUGCUGAGUUUUCUGUUAAUACGAACUUUAGUUUACUGAUUGUGAAGCAGGUGAUGUCCUGACAUGCAGGGUAAAGGAAAAGACUAGUAAAUUGGUGUAAAAGGCAGGGCUAACCUGUUAACAGCACACCUGUUAACACCGACAGACCUUGAGGACUUUAAUUAUAACCAGGCUCUAAUCUUCUUUAAAAAUUAAUCCCAGUCCUUUCCGUGUAGCUUUUGCACCUAAGAAUAUGAAGCGACUUCCCUUUCAGGAGUUAGAAUACUCUGUCUUCAGAUUUGCUAUGUGAUAAAAUCCCCAAACCCCAAGUUACAUACGUCUCUGUCUUUAUUCUUUGACAAAUGUGAGUUGUUUGUUUGAAAGAGCAGAGCAGCAGGACCAAUGGAAAAAAACAGGUGUGUUCUUUCUUAGGAGUGGUUCUUAGGGAUAGGUCAGAACUACAGCCUUCCCCUCUUUUUAAUAAAUCAUGUGUUGUUUUUUUUUUCCCCCUUGGCUGCUCCACUCAGCUUGUUGGCUGCUCCUCUUGGCUUGUAGGAUCUUAGUUCCCCAACCAGAGACUGAAUCUGGGCCCUUGGCAGUGAAAGCUCAGAGUCCCAACCACGGGACCAUCGGGGAGGUACCCCUUCCCUCUCUUUUUUAAGGAUGUGAAGCGCAGAGGGUCUCGAGACUCUAAAAAUCUUUAAUUUGUAUUUAUGUCUCUCAUCAUAAAAGUGAUGUCCAUUUUAUCUACGUUUUCUGUUUUCCUUUUGCCUGAUGUCCGAGAUGAGACGGGUAUAUUUAGAGUCCCUGGUUCCAUGACACCGUGGUGGUUGUCGUGGACCUGGCGCAUGGCCGCCCUCUCCCCAUCUGAGUCCCUUACGUGUGAUGCACCGUGCUGAGCGAGGUCACAACGUCCCCUCUGCACCAGCUUUGAGCAUCCCCCAGUCUCUUGACUCCCUUCUCACUGGCAUGUUCUGGACACUUUCCCUCCCCUGCCACCCUCCAGGGUUUACAGAUAAUAACUAGAUGCAAAAUCAGUGCAGGUAGCGGCCUGUGGAGAAUUAGACCCAGCCCAGGGAAGCUGAGCUUUAAAUGGUCAAUUUAAGCUUCAUGCAGAAAAGAUGUGCCCAGCCCCUGGCAGCCGAGAAAACGAGCUUGGCCUCUGCAUGCCCCCCUCUCCCAGAAGAAGGUGACGAGGGAGACCCCUCAGGACGCCAGGCAGCCUGCCCCUCACGGCUGCCGCCUGCACCACAGACCAGGAAUGUUGCUGCUCUUCUGUAAACCCUCCUUCUCUCAAGAACAUCCACCUGUUCUCUCAUAAACGCAACCUCUUCCCAAAAGUGGAAAAAGAAUCUCAUGGAACUGGGUGGAGACACGCCGGACACCACCCUGGGGCCAGGUUCUGUCUCAGCCACAGAGGUGAGGAAGGGACCCGCCCUCACCCAGGCCCACCUCAAGAAAAAAAACAAAAUUUUAAAAAAAUGUACAAAUAGAGAAAACUACCUCAGUUGACAGGAUUCCACCUUUAGGGUUUCUUCAACUUUGACGUCUUACCUGUUGAGUGUACCUUUUUGUAGCAUCUUGCUUGUCCAGGCGAAUGGGAGGCUGACGGAGCAGGUGUGCGCCAGCGUUGCCAUGCGGGCCUUCCUCCAGCAUGUCGAGGCUUAAUUUUUCGUAGAUUGGCGAGUGAUAUGAAUGUAAAGAUACUUGUGUACGUUUAAAUAUGACAAUGAAAACUUAAAAUGUAGCUUCCAUACUUGUGCAUAAUUCCAAAGUAUUUUAUUUUUAUCAGUGUUAAAUAGCUUUUUGUACAGGCUCCAAUCCAUUUUUCUGAAGUGUGCUGUUUUUUAAUGAAAGUAACGAUAAACUUUUCACAUCCCAUGGAACUGCCGUUUACACAUCGCAACUUUUUAAACUUAUCAUAUUUUUCAAAGUUAACUUUUUUCGAGGGAGGAAAAUCCCUGCCUGCUAAACGAUACUAAACUCUUGUUUUGGCUCUUCUAAUUAGGUCCUGAGAUUUUAUAAAAUUCAGUAUGUAGCUUUUUAGGUUCCUCACUGGAGUUGGUUGUACAUAAAAAUAAAGAAUAUAAAGUGACCCUACAGUUCUUUUAAAUAUCUGGAUUUUUCCACUUACAUGUGCUUUUGAAAGUAUUUUGUUCAUGCAUACUUUCACCAAUAAAUUGAAAAAGUCUUGAGCUUCUUGGUAAAUGUGAACCAUUUGUUUUCUAUUGUGCUUUGGGGGCAGGAACCUUUUAAUAUAAUAUUUGCCUAAAUCAAGCAGCCCCCUCUGAAUGUUAAUUUUUAAAUGUCCACAUUUGGUGAACCAUAAAUCUUGGAAGCAAGACUGCAAUAUGCUUAAAUUUAAGUGGUGUUUUAAAAGGAGAAAAUUCCAGGGUUGAUUUGUUAUUAUUGAAGUUCCAUUACAAAUUGAUAGGACUUUGUUUUUGAUCAGUGAAAUAGAUAUCAGUAUCAAUGUAUGGAAGUCUUUUUUCUUAAAACUUGUUCACAUAUUACUUUGAUCCAUUUUUCUGUGGCAUCUGGUGCAAUAAACCUUUUGAAUUUAUCUUGAA